AUGGCAAAGUCCAAGUCAAAGAAGAGAAAGCAGCAAAACGCUCAAGCCGAGCAUCCCAACAAGCACCCCAAGACCGCCCCCGUCCUCACUCCUCCUCCCGAUGGCGCGCAAUUCGAACCCAAGAACCUCCACACCGUCGUCUCAACCGAAGAACUCGAAAUCACCAUCGAUACCCUGAACUCGCUGGCUCAGUAUCCCGGGUUGAUCAAAUCGAAAUUCUGCAAGGACCUUCGCGGUGCUGUCUAUGACUUCCGUCAAGCAUGCACGACGGGUGUGAAUAAUGCGGCCGGCGCAAACCUCACGGCGCAAAUCACGGGCGCUCUCGCCGAUCGAAGAUAUACCGAGGCUCGGAUCCUACUCGCUGAGAUGAGGAUUCGCGGCGAGAAGCCAAAGAUUGGUGCCUUUUGUCGCUGGGUGAGGGAGCUCGAUGUCAUCAGUGGGCUGUCGACGCUGCCAGAGGAGGGAAAUUCUGUCAAGCGCACUGAAAGAGAAGAAGAGCUCAUUCGUGUGCUUGACGCUGUCUUGCGAGUCUGCGGCCCAGUUGACACCAACCCCAAGGCUUCAGUACAGCUAUCCUCUCCUAUUGCUCUACAGACCAUUUGGGAUCGUCGCCCUUCAACGACAUCAGAACAAGUCUACGCAUCUGUCCUUGAUGGAUCACUUGUCGCUUCAGCGCCACCUUCUCUAGCUAAAUCCCUACGCAUCAUCGAGACAACUCCCGGCCCCGAACGCAAACCUCCCAACCACCACGACGCCAUCCUCUACGCCUCCACACCCGAAGCUGUUCCUCUUUCAACGACGAAACCACCCACCGAUUGCCAAGACCACCCCGUUGUGCCCGGCCUCCGUGUCGCCACCAAUGUUCUAUACCCCGAAGAGUGCAAAGCCAUCAUCAGAGCUGGCGAGCACGUCAAAUUCCUCGCUGACGCACCACUCCGUGAAGAUGGGGACAUCAGCAUCCUGGCUCACAACUUCUACUGGGUUGUUGAUGAGACUUUCCACGAUACCUUGUGGUCGCGCAUCUCCCCAUUUGUCCCCGCCUCGCUCAACGGUCGAUUAGCAAGGGGCAUCAACCGACGGUUCCGUGUAUAUCGAUACGUCCCCGGCGCCGAGUACCGAUGUCACAUUGACGGAGCUUGGCCGCCUUCCGGAAUUGCCAAGGAUGAUACAUACAUCUACGACAACUCGCCCGCAGAGAACAAGCAGAGCUCCUUGCUCACCUUCCUCAUCUACCUCAAUGAGGAGUUCGAAGGUGGAGAGACGACAUACUUUAUCCCCGCAGCGCACGAAGGGACUCUCAACGCGUACCCCAUUCGACCAGUGAUGGGUGGUGCUGCCAUCUUCCCACACGGCGACACCAGCGCCUUGCUACACGAGGGCACAGGCGUGAGGAAGGGAGCCAAGUAUGUCAUCAGGACAGAGAUUGAGUAUGACGUAGAGAGUUCGCAAGAACUAAAAGUGUAA